AUGGAUGAACGUAAGAAAUCGGAGGGGGGUGUGCAUGCUGGUCGUUAUAAGCCGCCAUUCUCAUCUGCAUCGUUCCAGGGUUUAGCUUCAAGAGUUGUUAACAUUGAGGGCAAAACUCUAAUGCCGCGGCGGGGGUUUUUUCCUUCUACUAAUCAUGAGCAGGGUAAGUUUAAUGUGAUUGAUGAGUUGACUAAAAUUACUGUUCCAGUUUCUGAGGGAUCUGUUCAGCAUGAGCAAAAAUCUGAUGAUGUGCCGAGUCAAAACAAGGUUGAUGAUGUGACUAAACCUGUUUCAUAUGCUGAAUCGGUGAUUAAUGCUAAUAAUCGGAAGAUAAAUUUUAGAUCGCUUGCUAGUUCUGAUCGACGUGACGAUUGUGAUGUGGUUCUACCGAAAGAUUCUGUUCGAGUUGUCACGGACAAACUUGCUAAUACGUUGUAUGGGUAUUUCCUGGGAGAUCGGAUCGCUUAUCCGGUGGUUGAUUACUUCGUGAAGAAUAACUGGAAAAAGUAUGGGCUGCAAAAAUCCAUGAUGAACGCUAACGGUUUUUUCUUUUUCAAGUUUGCUGAUCGGUCGGGUAUGAUGUCCGUUCUUGAGGAGGGUCCAUGGAUUAUUAGGUCUCAACCUUUGUUUUUAUGUGAAUGGAAUCCGAGUACUAAGCUGGUUAAGUCAGAGGUGAAGAAAGUCCAGUUAUGGGUUAAAAUUCAUGAUGUCCCUCUAGCCGCUUAUACAGAGGAUGGCCUUAGCUUGAUUGCCACAGCAAUUGGUGAACCAAAGUUGCUUGACUCAUAUACCACUUCGAUGUGCUUGGAUUCUUGGGGUCGGAUCAGUUAUGCAAGGGCCUUGACUGAAGUGUCGGCUGAUAAAAAUCUCAAAGAGGAAAUCACAAUGGCUGUCCCGGACCUUCAAGGUGAAGGGUAUGUUAAGGAGACCAUGUACGUAGAAUAUGAAUGGAGCCCUCAUAGGUGUUCUCUGUGUUGUGUUUUUGGCCAUGCAGAUGAUCAUUGCCCAAAACAACCAAGAAAGAUGGUUAAACAAAACUAUGAGGAUAAGCAAAACAAACCGUUUGAUGCUGGUAAACGUUAUGACAAAAGGCCGGUUGUUGAUGAGGAAGGAUAUACGGGUGUUCAAUCGAAGAAAGCGGCUCGAAAGGCUGGCUUUCCAGUCAACAAGCCAAAAACAAAAUUCGAAUAUAGGCCGGUGGGCCCAAAACCGAAGGAAGCUAGUAAUAAAUCGGAGCCGUCUAAUUCAGUAUUCUCUCAAAACCCGUUUUCUGUGCUAAAUAAUGUUGAUAACUUGGAAGUUGGGGAAUCUAGUAAAGGUAGAGGUGGUGAACAGCAAUUGUCGGAUGAUGAGGAAGUUAUUGAAGUUUACAACGAAACGGAUGAAUUUAUCAUGGAAGGUACUAAUAACCCGCAUAAAAAACAAGGGGCAAGCACUCCUUCUCAAGGGGUUUCCAAUGUUCUUGAGUCGCAUAUGGAUGUGGAUAAUCUUAGGAAGGUUCGUAAUUCAGUUUUCUGUCGAUGGGAAUGGACUUCGAAUGGAGGUAUUUGUGAUAAGGGUACGCGUAUUAUCAUAGGGUGGAACCCGGAUAUUUUCGAUAUAAUGGUUUUGGCUCAAACCCCUCAGAUGGUUGGUGACAAAUCUUGGAUUAUUAUGGGUGAUUUCAACUCGGCUUUGCAUCUAGAGGAUAAAUCUUUGGGGGCGUCUUCUAUCUCAACUGGUAUGCGUGAUUUCCAAGCGUGUGUGUCGGAGAUUGAAGUUAUGGAUAUUAAUCAGUCAGGUUUUCAUUACACAUGGAAUCAAAAGCCGAAGAGGGGUGUGGGUCUUCUCAAGAAACUGGAUCGUGUGAUGGGUAAUACGUCGUUUAUUACUGAUUUCCCUAAUGUUAUGGCUGUGUUUUACCCUUACAGGUUGUCGGAUCAUUCGCCAUGUGAUGGUUGGGAGAUGAAUGUAAAUGGGGUUCACCAGUUUCGAGUUGUGAAAAAACUCAAGUGCUUAAAGAGUCCUUUGCGUGCCUUACUAUUUAAUCAGGGUAAUCUUCAUAAAAAGGUGGCUGACUUAAGGGAUAGUCUUGAUGAUAUUCAGGCUAAAAUUGACAAGGACCCGAUGAAUUCCGAUUUCCGUACCCUAGAGACAAAACUAAAUGCUGAAUUACAGGUUGCCUCUCUUGAUGAGGAAGGAUUCUUGAAACAAAAGUCUAAGAUGGAGUGGUUGAGAGCAGGUGAUUCAAACACUGCUUUUUUUCAUGCUUCCGUGAAAAGUAGGAACCAUCGAAGCAGAAUUCAAAUGGUUACGGACGUGAAUGGAGAGGUGUAUGAAGGUGAUUCGGUUCAGCUUGCUUUUGUUAAACAUUAUGAAGUAUUUUUGGGGAGCCAAGAUGAGCUUUCUAUGAAUCCUACUCCUGAUUUAUUCACUAAGUGUGUGAACCCCUCUGAUGCUGAACAUAUGAUUCGGCCUGUUACUGUCGAAGAGGUGAAGAAAGCUAUGUUCUCUAUUGGUAAUGACAAGGCCCCAGGCCCGGAUGGAUUCACGGCUGCGUUUUUUAAAGUUGCAUGGCCGAUUGUUGGGAAUGAUGUUUCCUUGGCAGUUGUUGAUUUCUUUAACACAGGUAAAUUACUUGGCCAGCUUAACCACACUCUUAUUGCUCUUGUACCGAAGAAGCUCUCUCCGCUCACAGUUACAGAUUAUCGGCCAAUAGCCUGUUGUAAUGUCUUGUUCAAGUGUGUGAGUAAGAUUAUUGUGGAUAGAAUAAAGGAUGUGCUUCAUCAAGUUGUUAGUAUAAAUCAGUCUGCAUUUGUUCCUGGUAGGAAAAUUACAGACAACAUCCUUCUUACUCAAGAACUAAUGCAUAACUAUCAUCGUAAUUCAGGCCCCCCUCGGUGUGCUUUUAAAGUGGACAUUCAGAAAGCUUAUGAUACGGUUGAUUGGUGUUUCCUGAAAAAUGUUUUGCUUGGUUUUGGUUUUAAAUCAAGGAUGGUGGAAUGGAUCAUGAUGUGUGUUUCGACCACUACCUUCUCAUUAUGUGUUAAUGGGAAUGUUUAUGGUUAUUUCAAGGGUAAGCGUGGUCUUCGGCAGGGUGACCCUCUUUCUCCUUAUCUUUUCACGCUUGUUAUGGAGAUUCUGACAUGCAUUCUUCAGCGGGCCACUAGACUUGAUAACUCUUUCAAGUUCCAUAAUAAAUGUGAGAAGCAGCGUAUUAUUAACUUGUGCUUUGCUGAUGACUUGUUCUUAUUUGCUAGAUGGGACAUUAAUUCGGUUCAGUGUAUCAUGAAUUCUCUCUCUAAUUUUACGAACAUGUCUGGUUUAGUGCCUAGCAUUCAAAAAAGCACGGGGUUCUUUUGCAAUGUGCCUGAUCACGUCAAAAAUCAUAUAUUGAGCUUCUUGCCUUUUGUUGAAGGUACGUUACCGGUUAAGUAUUUGGGAGUCCCCCUCAUAUCGUCAGGUCUUGUGUACAAAGAUUGUAGUGUUCUUGUUGAAAGAUUGGACCAACGGAUCUCUAAUUGGAAGAAUAAGCUUCUUUCCUUUACGGGCAGGUUACAACUUAUUAAUUCUGUUCUUUCUUCCAUGCAUAUCUACUGGUCUUCGGUGUUUAUUCUUCCUGUUCGUAUCACACUUGAGCUGGUAGCUAGAAUGCGAAACUUUCUUUGGUCGUCUGAUGGUUCAUUCCAUAAGGGUUUUUCUCUUAACAAUUCGGUUCAGGAGGUUUAUGUCAAUGGGACUUGGGGAUGGCCAGUGGCGUGGAGGGACAUGUUUCCAGUCUUAAUACAACUGGAUAGUAUUCAUUUGAUGCCUAAUACUCCGGAUCGUCUAAUGUGGAAAGAUGGUAAUGAUUUAGUUGAGCAUUCUUCAUCCCAGGUUUGGCAUUCGAUUAGGCGUCGAGCUGAAGAGGUGGAUUGGGUUAAACUUGUUUGGUUCCCUCAGUGCAUUCCUAAGCAUGCUUUUCUUAUGUGGCUUGUCAUUCGUCGUAAACUUUUGACGCAAGACAAGAUUCUCCAAUGGGAUUUCACGAGAAGAAAGAAUAUGAAUAUGAUGUGCUGUCUCUUGUGCUAUGCUAAUGUUGAUGCUCACGACCAUCUGUUUUUUGAUUGCAAUUAUGCUACUCAAGUUUGGAUCAAGAUUCGUGAUAAAGGAGGGAUGAGCUCGGUGGGCCCGGCAUGGAACGCUAUUAUUGACUGGUUGGGGGCUAGGGCUAAUUCUAAGUCAGCAAUUAACUUUAUUAGCAGGCUCAUAGUUGCUGCUGCUGUUUAUUUCGUGUGGCAGGAGCGGAAUGCUAGGCUAUUCAGAAACCAGAAUAGACCUCCAGAUGCUUUGGCUAAUUUAAUUUUGCAAACUGUUCGAUAUAAACUAAUUGGAGUCAAGUUUAAGGAGUGCAACAGGGUGCGAAGACUAUUGGAAGCUUGGGAAAUCUACAACAACUUGGACGAUUAA